AUGGCUGCGCCCUGUAGCAGGAUGGCGAGUCGGUGUGUCUUCCACUUUCUUACCAGUUACAGCAGAACAGCGGUGGGAAAUGCGAGUUUCCGUCACUUUUCGAGCUCUGCUGUUUGUCGGAACCUCUCUCAGACAAAAUGCACGACGCAGAAGGCGGGUUCUCCGUGGUCUUUGACAGCGGCGGUAUAUCUGCUGAGGCCCCCGGUCAUCUCAGCGGAGUACAGUCCGAUCGAGCAGCGGUACAUGGAGCUGAUAGAGCAGAUGGAGCUGGAGAAAAGCGUGUUGUCAGACCACGAGCUGCGGCUGCUCGAGGACGCAGAUCGGUUGAGCCGGAAGCAGUCGGACGAUUACGACUCGGAUGAGGAGGAGCAGCACGGGGACCAGGAGAUCAUCAUGGCUCAGGACCUGGAAGACAUCUGGGAGCAGAAGCUGAAGAACUUCAAGCCCUCGCCGAGGGUCAGAGCCGACGUAGAUAAGGACUUGACCUCAGCCGAGCGCUGCCUGGACGAGUCGCUGGUUCUUCUUGCCGAGCAGCAGGUGGGCAGCCAGAAGCUGUGGCUGCUGCCGCAGACCCAGUGGCAGGAGGGUGAAACGCUGCGACAGACGGCGGAGAGAGCGCUCGCCUCCCUGCCAGUCGGUUUCAAGGCCACGUUCCUGGGAAACGCCCCCUGCGGAGUGUACAAGUACAAACUGCCCAAAGCCGCCCGGACGGAGAGCUCGGUGGGAACAAAGGUGUUCUUCUUCAAAGCCGUCCUGUCAGAAGCCGCCCCCCCCAAAGCCCCCGACGCUCCACUGCUCUGGCUGAAGAAGAGCGAGCUGGAGGAGUACCUGAAACCGGCGUACCUGCAGAAGGUGGAGCGCUUCAUCAUCAACCUGUGACACACACACACACACACACACACACAACAGGACUCCGACACAACGAUCAAUAUUUAUGAGGCCUGGAACGUUCCCUUUGUUGUCUUCUAAGAAAAAACAAUCCUGUCAUUCAGUGAGAUAUAUAUGUAUGUUUCAUGAAAUAAAUAUUUGUUUUUCUCACAUGUUGUGAAUCU